AUGGGCGAUGAAAACAGAGGCUUCCCGACUCACUGCAGGUGCGGCAGACGUGUUUCUCGCCUCACUUCCAAAACACAAUCCAACCCGGGACGGCUUUUCCACAGUUGUCCUUUAGGUGACGAGAACAAUCGCCACCAUCUCUUUAAAUGGACCGACAUUUCCAUGGUUGAGGAAAUUGAGGACCUCAAGGCACGAUUUGAAGAUCUCAGUAAGCUGGCGGUUCCACAGAUCUGUAACCUACACACUUCUGAGUCUGGAAUAGGAAGUCUGACUUCAGACACCCAAACCGUCGCGUCCCCUGUACACGACUACAAUGAGCCAAUUCAAGACCUCAGAAACGAGAUAAACACCCUGAAAACGGAACUGCGCACACUCAAAAAAUUGGGCGUGAGUGUUGUGGUCCUGGCCAUUCUCUAUAGGUUCAUCAUGUAG